AUUUUCAGAAUGCGGCGACAUGCGUGUUUUAUGAGAUGAAUGAUUGCGCUCGCCGCAUGCAUCACUGGGAAGGAAGCAAGUUCACGGACAAAGGACACAAGUCAGCCAGCCUCCCUUGUUCGUUGCCCUUGAAUGUUAUUGAUCGCUCGCUUGGUUAUUGUCUUGCUUGGUGAGGAUGCAAGGAGCUGAGAAAGCCAAAGCAGCAUCAGCACCAGCAUCAGCACCAGCAUCAGCACCAGCACCAGCACGGCUGGUCGGUCUUGAGAUCGAUGUGUGCGUGUGAUAGAUAUCAAGAUGCAGUCUGGACAGUAAAGUGUCAAAGGUGGCGUGGCUCAAUCGCACCACCAUUCUUUUUGCCGGCAAAGAGAAAUGGUCUCUGGACCCUCGCGUCACUCUGAUGGAAAAUACAGCCGUCACGGAAUACAGCAUCCAGAUCCAAAAUGUUGACAUACAUGACGAGGGACCCUACGUCUGCUCCUUCCUCUCCAAUAAGAAACCAAAAUCCAUCAAAGUGCAUCUCAUUGUUCAAGUACCUGCCAGGAUCACCAACAUAUCAAAGGACGUCACAGUAAACGAGGGCAGCAACGUCAACCUCAUGUGCUUGGCCAUGGGUCGACCAGAGGCCAGCAUCAAAUGGAGGCAUCAUUCCCCAAGAGGCACUCACACAUUUGUAACAGAAGGAGAGUAUCUGGAACUGGCUGCCAUCACCAAAGAUCGAUCCGGCUCAUACGAGUGCAUUGCUUCAAACGACAUUUCCGCCCCUGAUGUUAGGACGGUCCAGGUUGCAGUCAACUAUCCUCCCUUAAUUUCUAAGGCAAGGGCCACGGGCACAGCAGUUGGACAAAAAGGAGUUCUUCAGUGUGAAGCCUCUGCUGUCCCUCGAGCCCAUUUUGAGUGGUACAAAGAAGAUCGCAGGAUUUUCAAUGGAAUAAAUGGAAUCAAAAUCGAGAAUCAAGGCAAACAAUCAAUGCUCAUCUUCUUCAAUGUUUCCGAAGAAGACUAUGGGAACUAUACCUGUGUUGCCAUGAACACCAUGGGGAUCACUAAUGCCAGCAUCGUUCUUUAUGGACCUGGCGCGAUGCAUGAUGUCAACAGGGCAGCUACUUUGCCCCAACUCUCCUUAUGCAACUUGCUGCUGAUGACCUUCCUCUACCUGCUGCUGAAGUUCUGACGUUCCACUGGAACAAACUACAAGUUGAAAAAAACAGACUGUUGUCAUGUAAAUUGAACAAAAAAAACAAAAUCAAGUGGCACCAGUGGUUUAUUAUUUCUUUUGAGUUUUUCUCAAUCCAAUUUCUUUAUUUGGCAUUGGAGUCAGCCACUUCAAUGUGCGGCUUCAAUCGAACGAAAGGGGGGGGAAAAAAAAUCGGAAUUGUGCAUACUAAUUUAAUGCUCUUAAGGUCCUGAGUUUGUGUAUCCCCAAAACUUUUGUAGGUGGAAAAAAGAAAAUAAUAAAUGUAACUGUUGAUGGUUGACUGUUUCUUGGAGUGCACAUUCUGAUUAUUAUUAUUGUGUAAUGUCUACGUGUACAACACGAUUGAACUUUUUUAAGUAAAUGAUAAAAGGGAAAUUGAGUUUAAUCUGACUGUAUUUUUACAGUUAAAUAUAUGCAAAGUAGAAUAUGACACUCUUCAUGAUAAGCAGUAAAAAAAAAAAACAGUACACAAUGAAUUCUCAGGCAAGUCCUACUACAUAAUGCAUCUAAAUUGUAUUUACAUUAAUGUGUAGAAAAUGUAUAGACUUGUACAGAAGAGAAACAUGUUAUAAUUUGGUUUGUUUGUUUAUGUAUAGGAUAUAAAAGAGAAAGACUGCCCUAGUUUCAUUGCGUAUUCAUACAAAAGCACUGAUGUGCUUUUUUUUUUUUUUUUUUUUCCUCUCUCUGCUGGCUGGGGUGUGACUUGAACACGUACUGCAAAUGCACUCAGUUUGUAUGACUUGAUUGUGCUCAGUGUGUGUAUUUUGUACAUGAGGUCGUUCUUUUACUUGUUGUCGGUCACAACUCACUUAUGCAAUCCGCAAAAGAAGCUCGAAAGAAAUUUAAAUGAAAGUUUUAAUUUAAUCACUUUUAUUUGUGAAUUACAGUAUCUUUGAUUUUUUUUUUACACAAUUGUGGACCCACCAAGAAAACGACAAGUAUGGGAUUUUUUUUAACAAGCAGUGUUUCCCAUAUUCUGUAUGGUAUUGAAAAAUUCCAGUCAAUAAAAUGCCUUGUUGUCUAUACAAAUAGUAAUCUUGAACAAGUAUUGUUAGUACAUAAAUCGUGGAAGAAAUACAUUUAACCUCUAUUUUGAAUUUUAGUUUGACUCUUAUUUUAGAGCGUUAAUUAAAUAGUGUUAUUUGUUUAUUGAACCUGUAAUUAUCCAGGCAAGGUUAUUGAGAAGAGAUUAUCAUGUGCA